GGUUGGAUUUACACUCGUGUGUAAAUCACACAGUGUUACGAGUUUUCUUCUUUGGAAUUCGUUUUGAGAAUUGGUUUUUUGUAGUAUUUAUAAUAAAACAUUAAUCGACAGUGUUCUGACUGAGCUCAUCUUUAUGUUUUCAUCCAGCCAAAUUCUUUUGCAGUUGGGAAAAAGCGCAGAAUGCCUUUGCUAUAAAUAGUGUUGAUUUGUUGCUGAACUAGUAAUUUAAAUCGAUUUGUUGAGUUGUAAAGAUGGUUUCCGUGUGUUCUAAGUCAACUGUCGUGGGUUGCCUUAUUCUGGCACUGACUCAGUUUGGAAGUGUUCAACCAGGCUUUUGGUCAUCCAUUGCAACCACAAUUCAUGCAUUGGCUGGAAAAAUGGUGGAUAUGGUUGCACAUCCAUAUUCUAAUGUGACAGAGGUCAUACAGAGUCCAACAACAAAGGCUUUGUGCAGAAGAAAUACGGAUCAACUCAUUGAAUACUAUGGCUACCAAUCGGAGGUGCAUCAUAUUACAACGAAAGAUGGUUACAUUUUGACAGUAUUCCGUUGCAAUUCAAACAAAGCAUUUUCGGGUAAUAAAAAAGCUGUGAUAUUGCAGCAUGGCCUUCUAGGCUCAUCGGAUGAUUUUACCGUAAAUAUUCCGAGUCAAGCAUUGGCAUACAUUCUGGCUGACAAUGGCUAUGACGUCUUUAUGCCAAAUUCCAGGGGAACUUUUUAUUCGCAACAACAUGUGACCUUGAAUACAAGCGAUUCACAAUUUUGGAAUUUUUCCUGGUAUGAACUAGCCAUCUACGAUUAUCCCGCUGUUAUUGACUACGUACGACAUGAAACGGGCAAUUCGAAAGUGUUGGUUGUAGCACAUUCACAGGGCACUACCACUUUGAUGGCUUUGCUAGCCGAGCUACCUGAAUAUAAUCAAUAUAUAGCUGCGGCAAGUCUCAUGGCACCGGUCGGCUACUUGGACAACUCUGGACUGAUUUUUUCAACUCUCGGUAAAGUUAAUCCGAUAUUGGAGUUGUUCCAAUACACCGAAUUUUUACCAAGAGCUGGCUUUAGUGAUAUAUCCAAAUCAUUUUGCUCGAUGGAUGCCAUCGAUUUUUGCGAUCUUAUCCUUGAUCAACUUUUCGGUCAGAGCAUCGAUCAGAGGAAUGAUACGAUGAUGACCUCUUUUCUGUGCAAAAUACCAAGCGGCGCAGCAACUAUGCAAUUCAUCCAUUUUGGUCAGGAGAUGAACUAUGGAUUCUUUGGCAAAUAUAUGAACGGCUCAAGAAUCCCUGAUGAUUUUGAUCUUUCGCGCAUUAGUGUACCAAUCAGUUUUCAUUACUCACCAAUCGAUAAAUUCACCAAUCCAAAAGAUGUAAGUCGACUAAUUUCGAAGCUAAAUCAUACACUGGCUUUUGUACAAACUGUUGACUCUCCAAAAUUUAAUCAUAUCGACUUCGUCUGGGGUAAACACGCUGCCACUAUUGUUUACUCAAAAAUUUUAGAGUUUUUUGCAAAAUAUCAAUAGAUGUCGAUCAAAUUGUUUUGUUCUUCUUUUAGUUUAAUGAAAAAAGUUCCUACUCAAUAAAUUUAGAAAUUGCAUUCUGAAUAUUUAAUCACCGUGUCUGUAUUCUUAAAGCAUAU